AUGGUUUUGCCGCAAACUGUUGUCAUUCCGGAGCAUACCCUGGACUACUUGGCUAAUACAUAUAUAUUGUGUAUGUCGCCGAGCGAUCGUAAAGAUACGUAUCGUAUCUGCAGCCAAAUGAGGAAAGCUUACUGGUACUACUUGGAUCAUAUUUGUUCUACGCCCCCGCAGAAGUAUACCCUGAAGAAAUUCAUGCUUGAUCUCUUCAAACACGUCCCAUUCCUGAAACGCAAGAAGAAAUGGAUCGACGGAAUGUUGACGAAAUUCUCAAAUCGGCAGAUGAACUUACCCGUGAAUGGCGCUAUUAUAUUAUCGCAGGAUUUGACGCACGUACUGCUGGUGGAAUCAUUCACGGGGAAAUGGGGAUUCCCCAAAGGCAAAUCGGAGGAUAAUGAGGACCCGUUCGCUUGUGCCGUCCGCGAGGUUUACGAAGAGGUCGGUUACACGAUAAAAGCCGAUGUCGGCCAGUUGGUCUACAUAGAGAAGAAACACAGAAGAAUACGGUUUUUCGAACACAAACCAAAAAUGAGAUACGACAGAUAA